AUGAAAAAAUAACCAAAAUUACCAAGUAGUUAUCUAGAACCAAAAAUAUUUGAUAACAAAUACAUAGUCAAAGAAUAAUUGAGUUCUGGGUCAUUUGGUGUUGUGUAUUUGGCAAUACAUAAAGUGACAAGAGAAGAAGUUGCUGUGAAAUUAGAAAAAGGUUAAUAGGAGACAUUAGAUAGAGAAGUUUAUUUGCUAACAAAAUUAUAAGGAAUAAAUGGUAUAACAAAAUUGUUUUGGUUUGGUCGAGAGUAAUGUUAUAAUGUGAUGGUUAUUGAAAUACUUGGAAAAGAUUUAGGUUAUUAUGGAAAAACAUUUAAAUAAUUAUCACUUAAGAGUGGAUUAUAGUUGUUGGAAUAAUUGAUUACAAUUUUUAAUUGUGUACAUUAAAGGGGAAUAGUUCAUAGAGAUCUUAAACCUGAAAAUAUUAUGAUGGGAAAAAUUAAUACAUCAUAGGCAUUUUUAGUGGAUUUUGGAGUUUCAAAACAAAUAUUUGAUAAAGGAAAGCAUAUGUAAAUCUAAUUAGUUGUUAUAUCAUAGACCAUUCAAAGACAAGAAAUCUUUUAUAGGUACAGCUAGAUAUGCUUCCGUUGCAGCUCAUAAAGGAUUUGAAAUAGGAAGAAAGGAUGAUCUAGAAUCCUUGAUGUACGUAAUAAUUUAUUUGAUUCUUGGGUAAAGAAAUUAACUGAUUGAGGAAAACUGCCUUGGUAAAACUUAUAGAAUAUUGGUGACAAGGACAGGACUAUUGCUGUCGGAGAAGUUAAAAUAGCUACUUCUAUUUAAACUUUGUGUAAAGAAUUACCUUAACCAUUUGCUGAAUAUUUAAAGUAAACAUUGUUAAAUAUCAUUUAGUUAUUUAAAGGGAUUAAAAUAUGAAGAUCAACCAGAUUAUGAAUUACUGAAAAAA